AUGGUCGCCGCCAAGGCACAGAGGACACGUCAUCGCGGAUCCCGCGGCGGCAGGAAGCGCGAGCACGAAGGCAGGGAUCAAGGCAGCAAGAGGCCCCGAAGCCCGGAGAGACUUCCUCAGGCUAAAGGACGGGGGAAGGGGCCGACAGCUCCGAAAAAACUGCCUAUCGGGCGCGCGGCCCCAACGGAGGAUGCCAAGGUCGAGGUGGACAUGGCAUUUGACGCACGUGAGGAGGCAGAUGACCAGCAGGUCUACGCAGGGGUGAUCAAGAACAUCAGCCCGGUGAAGGGCCUUGGAUUCAUCGCCUGCCGUGACUCCGAAGUGGUCUUCGGCCGAGACGUCAUCGUCUCUCCAGAGAAUCUCCAGCACUUCGGCGUCGGCGAUCAAGUUAGCUUCCAAGUCUUCGUGGAGGACGGUAAGCCUUUCGGUUACGCACUGGCGAGCAGUGGGGCACCCCCAAUCGGCACGCCAGUGGACACGAGUACGGCGAAGCCUAACUCACCAGAGCGACCUCCACGGCAAAAGCUGGCCCCCAAACCUUCCCUCGUUUCAGCAGCGUCCUCCGUGCCACGGCAGAAGCAUGCUCCCAGCAAGAAGGUGCGGGUGCCGAUCGGGGCCAGCGCGCCAGAGGAUCCCGGUUUGCAAGGCCGGGUGGGCACUGGACCGGCUCAAGAAGCUGGAACACCAGAGGCGGCUCCACCGCGCAAGAAAUUGCCGCGGUACACGCCGCCCACACCAAAGGGCCCAAGCUCCUCUGCGGCACCGCCCCCGGCUCCGGCGAAGCCCUUCACUGCCUUUGGCCCUGCGCCCGCGGCGAAGGCCGAGGCGCCGAAAGCACCACCUCCCGAAGAGCCGGCCCCCAGGAGCUUCCAGGAGCUGUUUGAGAAGGCAAAGUCCCAGAUGAAGCAGCUCGAGGCCAAGCGAGCUGGAGCCGAUCGGCGGGCUGCCGAGGCAGUGGCGCCUCCUGCGCUGAAGGCUACCUCACCUGCGCCGAAGGCUUCGUCUCCGAGCCCUGCGGCGAAGGGUAGACUGGUCCUUCCGCCGCGGCCAAGAGGUUCCCCGAAACUCUUGGCCAAGCCGCCCCCACCUCCGCCUGAGGCGACAGUGAAGGAAGAACUGGAGCAGGAGCCCGAGAUAGAUCUGGGUCAGCCGAAGGCUCCUUCUCUCCCUGUACCGCCGCCCCGGGCACAGAUGCAGCAGGGAUGGGAGUUGGCCACCCGACCGCCAGCGGCUUCCUUCAUCCCCCAAGAGAAAGACAUGGGCCAGCCAAAGGUUCCCGCUCCGCCACCACCUGUGCCUCCACCACAGGCCCCGACGGCGUCUCUGAGCCGAAUCAGGGCUGUGGCGGAGGCAUUGCCCAUGCCAGCUGGAGAAGAGGUGCUUCUACUUGAUGUUGUGCCAUCCAGUGCGCUGUUGGUUGAGUCGCUGCGUGAGUCCAUUCUGGCGAGGCCUGGCAUUCGCCAGCUGAACUUCGCACAGCCAGCAGGCUAUUCCAUGGCUCCCUGGCGUGCGGAAGUGGUCGGCAGCCCGGGCGCUUUGGAAGAGGUCGAGAUCUUCUUGGAGAACACUUUGGAGCACGGCUCGGUCACUCUCGCCGGCUAUGAGGCUGGCCCCGGAAGCUCUACGAAG